UGUAACAAGCACGUGCUAUCAUUCAAUUUGUCUCAGUCUUCUCUUAGAACCAUGUUUCUCUCUCACUCUCACACUGACAGUGUCAACUUCUUCUUCUUCUUCUUCACUGAACUUUGCAUCCAACUCAGUUAUCACAAGUUCUCACAGUGCUGAACUCAACUUCAAGAAUCAAUCACAGAUCUAAUUCAAUGGUUAUGAUUGAGAAAUUAAUAGUUCUUUGAUAUCAGAAAACUGUUCAAGAUUGAAGCAUUGCAGGACUAUUUUUUGGUGAAUUUGGGGAAAGGAAUGUGUAUUUCUAAAAGGGUCAAGCUUAUUAGUGAUAUAUGAAUCAUGAUUGUUGAGGAAAGGAAUAUAAUGGAGGAAAGCAGCAAUAGAGGUGAAUUUCAGGCUAGUUUAGCGAAACUAUCUUCAUUAAGGUCAGGUGGAAGUUUUAAAUCAACAUUAUCAGGAAGAUCAUCUCCACGAAAUAAUUCUCCUUCGUUUCGAAGACUAAACUCUAAUCGAACACCGAGGAAAGAAGGAAGAACUCUUGGUGGUUUUCUGUUGUUUCGGAGCAAUCGUGUGUUGUUGUGGCUGCUUCUAAUUACCCUCUGGGCUUAUCUUGGAAUUUUUUUUCAGUCCAGGUGGGCACAUAUUGAUAAGAAGGAGGAAUUUUCUGGCUUUGGAACCGGGCCAAGAAAUACUGGCGUAGAUGCUGAUCCAAGUCUUCGCCGUGAUUUGAUUGCUAGUGAUGAUUCCUUGUCUGUUAAUAAUGAGACGGUUAGAAAUAAAGGAGGGAUUGGUAGAACAAUAAAUGUAGCCUUGGCGAAGAAGGAAAGUGAUGAUGAGGUUCCUUCUCGUCGUAAAGCAAGCCCAAAGAAGAAGAGCAGGAGAUCUUCGAAAGGUAAAGCUCGUGGUAAGAAAAAACCACCAAUAGUGGAAAUUAAGAACAAUGAUAUAGAAGAGCAGGAACCAGAAAUUCCUCAAACCAAUAGUACGUAUGGAUUACUUGUUGGUCCAUUUGGCUCAACAGAAGAUAGGAUUUUGGAAUGGAGUCCUCAAAAACGUUCCGGGACAUGUAAUAGGAAGGGGGACUUUGCACGCCUUGUUUGGUCCAGAAGAUUUAUCUUGAUAUUCCACGAGCUUUCCAUGACCGGAGCUCCACUCUCAAUGUUGGAAUUGGCAACAGAGCUUUUGAGCUGUGGUGCCACUAUUUCGGCUGUUGCACUUAGCAGGAAAGGUGGUUUGAUGUCAGAGCUUUCUAGAAGACGGAUCAAGGUGCUUGAGGACAAAGCAGAUCAAAGCUUCAAAACUGCAAUGAAGGCUGAUCUUGUAAUUGCUGGUUCAGCUGUAUGUGCAUCAUGGAUUGAACAAUAUAUUGAACGUUUUCCUGCUGGUGCGAGCCAAGUUGCUUGGUGGGUCAUGGAAAACCGUAGAGAGUACUUUGACCGUUCAAAGGGUGUCUUGCACAGAGUAAAGAUGUUGGUUUUUCUUUCGGAAUCACAAUCUAAACAAUGGCAAAAAUGGUGUGAAGAAGAAAACAUAAAAUUGAGAUACCAACCUGCAAUUGUUCCUUUGUCUGUUAAUGAUGAACUGGCAUUUGUAGCCGGCAUUCCUUCUACACUUAACACUCCGUCCUUUAGUACUGAUAAAAUGAUUGAGAAAAGGCAGUUGUUGCGAGAAUCGGUCCGAAAAGAAAUGGGAUUAACUGACAAUGAUAUGCUUGUAAUAUCUCUAAGUAGCAUCAACCCCGGAAAGGGCCAGCUAUUGCUUCUUGAAUCAGCAAGCUCAGUAGUAGAACACGAACAAUUGCAAGAUGAUAAGAAAAUGAAAAAAUUAUCAAAUAUAAAGGAAGGCUUGUCUACACGGACUAGACGACAUCGGAUGAGAAAAUUGUUACCAUUGUUGAAAGACGGCAAAGUAGCUCUGAAGGAUACCUCAAACAAUUCUUUAAGCAGAAGGAAGCAAUUGUUGGCUAAUAACAAAGCAACAAUGCAGCAAUCUCUCAAAGUUCUCAUUGGCUCUGUUGGAUCCAAAAGUAACAAGGUGGAUUAUGUUAAAAGCCUCCUAAGUUUCUUAGAACAGCAUCCAAACACUUCGAAAUCAGUUUUGUGGACUCCAGCCACAACACAGGUUGCCUCAUUAUACUCUGCAGCAGAUGUUUAUGCCAUAAACUCUCAGGGACUUGGAGAGACAUUUGGACGGGUGACUAUAGAAGCAAUGGCAUUUGGUCUUCCGGUUCUCGGAACAGAUUCUGGGGGAACGAAGGAGAUAGUUGAGAACAAUGUUACAGGUCUUCUUCAUCCAAUUGGACGUGCAGCGGGGAACGAUGUCCUUGCACAGAAUCUUCUGUAUUUACUUAAAAACCAGUUGGCAAGGAAGCAAAUGGGGAUAGAAGGCAGGAAAAAGGUGGAGAGGAUGUAUUUGAAGCAACACAUGUAUAAGAAAUUUGUUGAGGUUAUUGUUAGGUGCAUGAGAAGCAAAUAAACCCUUGCAAUACUCUCAUUCGUUUUUUUUCUUUUUCAAUUAAAUUUACUCAUUCACAAAAUACAUAAUUUAGUGACUGCUGGUUGUCAUAGUUGUGCCAAUUUAUGACUAGCUAGCUCUCCUCUAUUUUCUUUUAUCAGAGGAAAUGAAUGUCAUUAUGCAUUUCUAAGAAGCAAUAUUCAUUAGUGUUUGAGUACAACAAAUCAAUUUACUCAACAGAGUACCAAA